AUGGACGCGGAGGAAAUCUCCCUGGGAUUUAUGACGGCCGAGCGGAGGGUUCCUCGAUGGUUUUUCCCAUCGAAGGUAGGAGGCCUCCCCACAUGGCAGGCAGGCCCUCCUCCCGCCAAUUUGUUUUGUACCGUCUGUUCGCCUCAAGUCCCUCUCACGCUGCUCGUUCAGAUUUACGCGCCUGUUGAUGGGCUUGUGGCUUCUUUUCACCGAUCCCUCUACGUAUUUUGCUGCCUCUCUUGCGGGGGGCACUUCCGUGCGGUGUCUUCGCACCUCCCACGAGAAAAUGACGAAUACCCGAGCUUCGCACUCUCCAACUUCUUUGCGUCCAAAAAAGAGUUUUGGCGGCUGUGGCAGCAGCAGCAGCUGGAGCAAAAGGUGAAUACUUGCAACAACAAUAGCAGCAGCACCUCAGACACAUCUGCUACAGCUGCCAUAAUGGCGCCUUCAAGGGGGACUUCAGGAGAUACGCACGGGCAAGCGCAGACAAUUGAUGAGGCAACCAAGGCGGCAGUAAUAAGGCUGCUGCAGCGGGGUGAGAGACUCCGCCAGGUGUGCUGUUGCCCGGUAUGCGGGCUCAGUGGUGGAGAUGUCGUUUCCGAGACAGAACAUGCAGCUGCUGUCGAACUGCUGCAGCAGCAGCUACUCCGAAACGAAAGGAGGCUGCAGGUGUUGUUGCGGCAACAGCAGGAGGAGGCAGCCGAAGCAGCGGAAAGUGACGAGGAGACAGAUCCUUCGGGAGUUGUCGAUCUGGACUCGACAGAGUUCGAAUUCGAGGACACGGAGGCAGAUCAGCGAGGGCUGCUGCUCUUGGAUGGAGUUCAUAUUAAAGCUGGUCGAGUGCUGCAUCCGCGGUGCCUGAAGAGACUGAAGUUCGGUUCUGUAUUUGUUGCCUUCCCGGAGUUUCCCCUGUCCGCUGAGACGGAGGAGCUGGGAAAUAAGGAAUCCUCAGCGAACGAAACUCUGGAAGCUGCUCUAGAGAGGCUUGGACUGGCAGGAGAUAACGAACCCCUUUCUCACGAGGAAGAGCUUCUCAAGCAAUACCAACAAACCAUCAAAGAGACACCGGAGGCUGACCUGGAUGAGUCGGAGACGGAUGCUUUUGAGGAAAUCUACCAGCAGCACACUUCGCAGGAUCCUCAGUUGGAAGUUUUUCUUAAGCGUUGCGGAAGGCCUCAUCAAAAAGGCCACGUCGUCCGGUAUGCCCAGGGGGGCACCCCCCUAUGGCCGUUCUCCAAGGGGCAGAUAAAGCCAGCAGAGGUGCCUCCCUGCGCAUGCGGAGCUAAGAGACAGUUUGAAUUUCAAGUUCAGCCUCACCUGAUCUCUCAAUUAGCGGAGCGGGUUGGUCUGCACGACCCUGCCGGUGUUGCAUCUGUGGAGCGCCUUUCUUUUGGCCUUGUAGCGGUCUACAGUUGUUCAGCACAUUGCUCUUCCCUGUCUACCCUCCCCCGAGGGUACAGAGAAGAAUUCGUAUAUGCACAGCCGGACCCCUUUUAUGGAUGA